CCGCCUGCAGUCCCCAGGGGUUUAAGAACCGCCCUUCAGAGGCGGCCCUCCUUGCUAGUGUGGGACUUCCCAGCGGAGUGAGGGACCCAGCCACGGCUCCGGCUCCCAAGUUCCCUUCCCAGAGGUGCAGCUGAGAACCUCGAUGUACUCGGAGAUCCAGAGGGAGCGGGCAGACAUCGGAGGCCUGAUGGCACGGCCCGAAUACAGAGAAUGGAACCCAGAGCUCAUCAAGCCCAAGAAGCUGCUGAACCCUGUGAAGGCCUCCCGGAGCCACCAGGAGCUGCACCGAGAGCUGCUCAUGAACCACAGAAGGGGCCUGGGCGUGGACAGCAAGCCAGAGCUGCAGCGGGUCCUGGAGCACCGCAGGCGGAACCAGCUCAUCAAGAAGAAGAAGGAAGAGCUGGAGGCCAAGCGGCUGCAGUGUCCCUUUGAGCAGGAGCUGCUGAGACGGCAGCAGAGGCUGAACCAGCUGGAAAAACCACCAGAAAAGGAAGAGGACCAUGCCCCCGAGUUUAUGAAAGUCAGGGAAAACCUGCGGAGAAUCGCGACACUCACCAGCGAAGAGAGAGCUCUGUAGAGGGGGCUGUUGGAACUCCAGCCCCAGCCGGCCGCACCCGCCUGCAGCCCUUCCGCGCCUGGUAGCCCCGGGCCCCCAGCCUGGGGCCAUCUGCAAUGGUGUUCACGCUUGCUCUUGUGAAAAUGCCCCAGAGGGCCUGGGCCCUCCUUCCCACCCCUAAAGAAGCCGGGGCCCCUAAGCUCCCUGGCUUUUCCUUCCGAGCACUCACCGCUUCUGCUCCAAAAGGAAGCUGCUGCUGAGAAAACUUUCCCAAGGCACCUCUCCCGGAAGCUCUGCUGAGAUCCUCCUGGCAGAACUGGGAAGGAGAGAGAGGCCCCUCCUUGGCCUGACCAGCCCUCCAUCUUGCCCAGGCCCCACGGGGCCCUGCUUCUCUGGACAGCCCAGCUCCCCGCUCUCCGAAAGCUUCCCUGACUGUGGUUUCCCCUGCGGUCAUGUGGGGGACAUUGAAGUAUAGCAUCUCAGAACACCUGCCCUGAAAGCCAGCUGAGGGGAAUAUGGUUCAAGUGCAGCUGUCCUUGGGGAGGAAGGGCAGGGCAGCUCCGAAGGCGGCCUCGGCGCUCACAGCCGCCAGGUUGCAAGGGUACUGACAAGGAAAGCUUCUCAGAGUUUGCCAGCUUCCCCUACACCCAGGCGCUUGCUUUCUUCUCUCCUGGGCCUCCCUGUCUGGGCCUUGUAACCACACCUAACCCGGGCUGCGGCCUUCCUGCUCCCCAAAGUUUAGAACAGUGCUUCUCAAACUUGCUUGUGCCUAUAAAUCACUGGGGGUCGUGUUACAGGACAGCUUGUGAUUCAGGAGAUCUGGGCUGGGGGCUGAGAGUCUGCGUUUCCAACCAGCUCCUGGGCGGGGCUCUCACCACCACCCUGUAAGCAGCCAGGAAUAGUAAAUACUGGAAACGCCUUCCCUGAAGCCACCUCUGCCCUGGGGGGUUCCCCGCCCUGCCUCUGCAGCCCCAAGGGCUCUCGAAUAUCCACCCCAUUCCAGGGUCCCCAGACCUGGGAAAACAUUUGCCCAGCAAAUUAUGUCCGUUUCAUAAUUGCCAUUGUCACUGGAGAGGUCUAUCAUUGCCAAUCUGCAUUUUCUUACCCCACCGUUAUGAUGCAAUUCUAGCAAAAAAAAAAAAAAAAAAAAAAAAA